CUUUCAAUUCAUUUAUCUGCAGGAAUGAUUGCUGCUAUCAGUCUCGCGCUCACCGCCCGGCUGAGGAGGUGAAAGUUUCUCCCCAGGAAGAUAAACCGCAAAAGACAAUAUUGUGCCUGAUUUGCGCCUUUUCUUUGGCUUUUUCUUUCUUUCUUUUUUUCUCCCCCUCCACCCCCCUUUUUUUUUUUUUUUUUUUUUUUUUUUUUUGCAAAAAGCAGAGGGGGAAAAAGGAGAGUGAAGGAGCGAGGAGGCGAGCCUGAGAGAAAGGAGAGAGAGUGAGAGAGAGAGAGAGAGAGAGAGAGAGAGAGAGAGAAAAGAAAGGGCGAGGGGCUAGUGGAGAAGUGAGGAGGGGCGUGAGGCGCGAGGCGGAGAGAGGGCUAGCAGUCGCUGCUCCGGCGCUCACAUUCCUCUAUGCUACAAAUCCGGGAGGAAGUUUUUUUGGGGAGCUGAGAUGCUCCAUGCCUUUUCCUGGGCAGCCUUGACGCGGGGUCCUCUCGGCAGAGACUGAGCGGCGAGAAAGUGCUAGCCGGGCCGGCAGGGUCUGCUCGGCGGGCGCCGGAGCCCGCCUUGCUCGCGGCCCGCAGCAGUCAGGCUUCCCCGCGCUUGGCCGGGCGGGCGCCCCGGCGCGCCGCGCCGCUGCCUGCGGGCUAGGACUUCGCGAGGUGGGUCGACUCCUCCUCCCUCCUCUUCUUCUUCCUCCUCUUCCUCCGCCUCCCGUUCCUCCUCCUCCACUACCUCCUCCUCCUCCUCCUCCUAGUUUUCCCUCCUCGGCGGGCGAGGGUGGGGGGGGCGGGGGAGGCCGGGGCUCGCCCCGAGCAGCCACGAUGCUCCUGGACGCCGGCCCCCAGUACCCCGCGAUCGGCGUGACCACCUUUGGCGCGUCCCGCCACCACUCGGCGGGCGACGUGGCCGAGCGCGACGUGGGCCUGGGCAUCAACCCGUUCGCCGACGGCAUGGGUGCCUUCAAGCUCAACCCCAGCUCCCACGAGCUGGCCUCCGCGGGCCAGACGGCCUUCACCUCUCAGGCUCCCGGCUACGCGGCUGCGGCGGCCCUGGGACAUCACCACCAUCCGGGCCACGUCGGCUCCUAUUCGAGCGCAGCCUUCAACUCCACGCGGGACUUUCUGUUCCGCAACCGGGGCUUCGGCGACGCGGCGGCUGCAGCCAGCGCGCAACACAGUCUGUUCGCUGCUUCAGCCGGGGGCUUCGGGGGCCCACACGGCCACACGGACGCCGCGGGCCACCUCCUCUUCCCCGGCCUUCACGAGCAGGCGGCGGGCCAUGCAUCGCCCAACGUGGUCAACGGGCAGAUGAGGCUUGGCUUCUCGGGGGACAUGUACCCGCGGCCCGAGCAGUAUGGCCAGGUGACCAGUCCGCGUUCAGAGCACUAUGCCGCGCCGCAGCUGCACGGCUACGGGCCCAUGAACGUGAACAUGGCCGCGCAUCACGGCGCCGGCGCCUUCUUCCGCUAUAUGCGCCAGCCCAUCAAACAGGAGCUCAUCUGCAAGUGGAUCGAGCCGGAGCAGCUGGCCAACCCCAAAAAGUCGUGCAACAAAACUUUCAGCACCAUGCACGAGCUGGUCACGCACGUCACCGUGGAGCACGUCGGCGGACCCGAGCAAAGUAACCACAUCUGCUUCUGGGAGGAGUGUCCGCGCGAGGGCAAGCCCUUCAAAGCCAAAUACAAACUGGUCAACCACAUCCGCGUGCACACGGGCGAGAAGCCUUUCCCCUGCCCCUUCCCUGGCUGCGGCAAGGUCUUCGCCCGUUCUGAGAACUUAAAGAUCCACAAAAGGACGCACACAGGGGAGAAGCCCUUCAAGUGCGAGUUCGAGGGCUGCGACCGACGCUUCGCCAAUAGCAGCGAUCGCAAGAAGCACAUGCACGUGCACACGAGUGACAAGCCCUAUCUUUGCAAGAUGUGCGACAAAUCCUACACGCACCCCAGCUCGUUGCGCAAACACAUGAAGGUCCACGAAUCCUCCUCGCAGGGCUCGCAACCUUCGCCGGCCGCCAGCUCGGGCUAUGAGUCCUCCACGCCGCCCACCAUCGUGUCUCCGUCCACAGACAACCCGACCACCAGCUCCCUGUCGCCCUCCUCCUCCGCGGUCCACCACACAGCCGGCCACAGCGCGCUCUCUUCCAAUUUUAACGAAUGGUACGUUUAAAAUCAGAAACAAAACACCGAACAAAACCCUAUUUAAGAGACUGAGCACACACACACAUACAAAAUUUUACUGAAAGAACCCUGAGCAUCAAAAGAGUCCCCUCCCCACCCCCAAUCCUAUUUUUUCUAAACCUGCCGAUAGACCCAGGACCCAGUAAGAGAGAAGCACCAAACCUUUACAUUUUUUUUUUCUUAGUUUGGCAAAGGCUUGGUAGCCAAGGGGUGGGAGGGGGGUGGAGGAGAAGGCGGUCGCCUGACCAAAUGCCGCCAACCCCGAGGGCCAGUUUCUCCUGGGAAUCUGAACAGGCUCUCUGGGAGUCGGCUUUUUUUUUUUUCUUUCUUCUUUGCAUUCUUGUAAAUACAGAAUUACUAGCUUAAAACUGUACUGUUGGAUUCUGUAUAUAGUUAUAUCUUGGUUGGA